UUGUUGAUGUUGUUGUUGAUGUUGUUGACAGUGGAGGCGCCUACACUUGGGCACCCUGAUGGCAGCCCACGGAUACUUCUUCCCCAUCUCCGACCACGUUCUCACACUGAAGGAUGACGGAACAUUCUACAGGUUCCAGACUCCAUAUUUCUGGCCGUCUAACUGUUGGGAACCAGAGAACACAGACUACGCUGUUUACCUGUGCAAGAGAACCAUGCAGAACAAAGCCAGGCUGGAGCUAGCUGACUAUGAAGCAGAGAGCUUAGCCAGACUACAGAGAGCCUUUGCCAGGAAAUGGGAAUUUAUAUUUAUGCAAGCAGAAGCACAAGCUAAAGUCGACAAGAAAAGAGACAAGAUUGAGAGGAAAAUCCUGGACAGCCAGGAGAGGGCAUUCUGGGAUGUCCACAGACCUGUGCCUGGAUGUGUCAACACAACAGAAGCUGACAUCAAGAAGUCCUCCAGAAUGAAGCAGCCUCAUAAAACCAGAAAGUCCGUUUAUGGUCUCCAGAAUGACAUCCGCAGCCACAGCCCCACCCACCCCCCCGCCCCUGAGGUCAAAGAGCCAACCAAGGAGGAGCUACAGGAACAGAUACAGUUCUGGCAGGUGCAGCUCGACAGGCAUCGGUUAAAAAUGUCCAAAGUUGCAGAGAGCUUGCUAAGCUACACAGAGCAGUAUAUGGAGUAUGACCCCUUCUUCACCUCUCCAGAUCCCUCAAACCCCUGGAUCUCCGACGACACCACUGUCUGGGAGCUCGAGGCCAGUAAGGAACCAGGGCAGCAGCGAGUGAAGAGAUGGGGCUUUGGUAUCAACGAGGUUCUGAAGGACCCAGUGGGGAGAGAGCAGUUCCUCAAGUUCCUGGAGUCGGAGUUUAGCUCAGAGAACCUUAGGUUUUGGUUGGCUGUUCAGGAGCUGAAGAAGCGUCCAAUCAGAGAGGUACCUUCCAGGGUCCAGGAGAUCUGGCAGGAGUUUCUGGCCCCCGGAGCCCCCAGUGCCAUUAACGUCGACUCCAAGAGCUAUGCCAAAACCACCCAGAACGUCAAAGACCCGGGCCGAUAUGCCUUUGAGGACGCGCAGGAGCACAUCUACAAGCUGAUGAAGAGUGACUCGUACAGCCGCUUCAUCCGCUCUAGCUCCUACCAGGAGCUGCUGCAGGCCAAGAAGAAGAAAAGUAAGAACUUGUUCUGAGGGAUCACAAGUCCAGGUGAAGGGAUUCCGGUGAGGCUAACAGGCGUAGUGGGACUAUGCUAGGAUCCUGUGUUGUUCUGGGAGAGGACAGGGGAGGAGGAGGGAGGACCACAUCUUCAUUUGUACAUUUCUGUAGUCCGCUGUUGGCCGUGGUCUGAUAAACCACCGACGGUAGACCUGAUGUUGCAUGUCCAAAUCAACUGAGGAUUUCACCUCACUUACAUCACCAUCUGUUGGGACCCCCGUAGUGUGUGUGUGUCUGUGUGUGCGUGUGCGUGCGUGUGUGUGUGCAAAGGCAUUUUGGACUUUGGGCCUUUUCGGGACUCCAUGCCUUCAAGGAUAGCCAUUUUGUCUGAUCACCUGUUGUUAGGUUAUACAUAUCAACUGGAUUUGUGUGUGCAUGUGUGCACAUGUGUGUGUGUAUGUGUCUGUCAAAUGGGGAAAGUGUGUUGAACAUGUAAAAUACAUGCUGUAAAAAAUGUACCAAUCUACAAAACAGGAAUCUUCUGCCUAGAAGCACACGCUCACUGUCACCAUAGACGGCGUUAAGUAUGGAGCACUAGAGAAUGCACAUAAACUGUUAUAUCACCUUCACACCUGGGUCCAAUACUCACCACAGACACCUGAAACAUUUUAGAGGUGCUUGAUUUAACGUCACCAUGCAAGGCAGGCUAAAUCAAAAGCACCUUAUGUAUGUAAUAGUUGAGUUAGUUCUGAGUAGACCCAGGUCUGUCACCUUUGAUUUGCCUUUUUAUUGCACUAUGGAAGUUAGCACAGUCACCAUGUCCGUCUGCUAAAGCCACAUUUAGAGAGGAGAGAUAUCUUGUCUUACAGAAUCUUAGUGUCUUUAUUACAUUAUCAUUCAUUUAUUUUUCUACCAUGUUAUAUUGAAGAGUGUGAUGACGCUGUAUUAAAGAGACCUGAUAGUAGGAAUGUGAUACUCUUUAUUU